AUGCCGCCGUGUCGCUCGGAAACUUGGGGAUACUGUAGCGUCCGCACGCGCCCCGCCAGUGGCUUCUCCACCGAGAUCCGGUUCUGCGGGAUGUGCCUCGGCCUCGGCAAUUUUGACACCGCCAACAAGGCCGCCCGUGCGUACGACGCGGCGACGUGGCACCUCCGGUGGCCUCAUAGAACAUUGAACUUCCCCAAUGUGCCGAUGCGGGAGCGGGCGCAGGAGCUCGCGCCUCUGCCGCGGCUUAUCACUGAUGAGGAUCGUCGCGACAACCGGAGGCGGGAGCACCGUCUUGGCAUUGCCGAGAUGGACGAGGAAUCCAUGAAACUGUGGCGCCAACGCUUCCCGCAGGACAUCAUCAACGAGCGCGAGUUCUAUGCGCAAAGGAGGGCGGAGAGGGAGAAGAGGAGGGCAGAGCGAGCAACUUAUCACGAGGACAAGGUACGCGAAAAGCGGAUGCUCAAUUCAGCAUGA